AUGAAAGAAGCUCAUGAGACCAUCCCUCACUUGUUUAGAUGUCCCAUAAGCCUGGAUCUGUUUAAAGAUCCUGUGACCCUUUGCACAGGACAGACCUAUGAGAGAUCAAGCAUUGAGAAAUGGUUGGCCACUGGCAAUCUCACAUGUCCUGUCACAAUGCAGAAGCUCAAUGACCCUUCUUUUGUUCCUAACAAUAAUCUUCGCCAUUUGAUUACCCAGUGGCUGCAGAUGGGUGACGGUGACCAAAUUAAUCCUCACUGCCUCUCUGCUAUUGAUUCCUUGGCUGCUUUGAGAAGCAAACUUGAAUCUAAUGAGUUUUCUUUUGGGUACAAGCUCCAAGUUCUCCAAAGAGUUAGGAUUUUAAGUGAAGAGUUUCCUUCUUGUAAUUCCUGUUUGGUACAAUUUGGGUUCUUGUCAGUGCUUUUGGAGUUGGUUUUUGGACAAACAGACGCCAAACUAUCACAAGAGUACCAGGAAUUUGUAGAGCGAGCGCUUGGUUUUGUGGUUACUAUGGUUUCUCUUGGUCAGCUACAGUCCCUAAAUGUGCUAAUGGAGGAGUCUAAGCUUUCAAGGUUCAUAGAUUUGUUCAAUCAUGGCACUCCCAUGAUCAAGAUCAGUUUGUGUCAUCUUGUAGAGGCAAUAUCAUCUUCAGUUGAGACAAAAGAUCUCGGUGCUUUGCUCGGAAAUGCUACCGAGCUCUUGCACGAAAUCGUUCGGCUUCUUCACCAGAGCUCGGAGGCCUCGGAUGCAGCAACCAAGGCCAUAUUUUCACUAUCUAACUUGGAACAAAACGCUAUCAAUUUGGUGGCAGAUGGUGCGGUUGCUGGACUUAUUUCAUACAUUUCUAAUGCUCAACGACGAGAAAGAAGCUCCGCACGAGUGGCAAUGGCGGCAAUUGAGAAACUUUUGGUCAUAAGAAGCGCAAAAGAGGAAGUGGUAAACAGCACAGAUGGUGUAAAUGCUAUUGUGAAGAUGGUGUUUAGAGUAUCAGAUCAUGGAGGCAGUGAAAGUGCUGUUAGUUCACUAAUAAUUCUAUGUUAUGAUUCAGUAGAAGCAAGAGAAGAAGCCAUUAGAGGUGGAGUUUUGAGUCAAUUGCUUCUGCUUUUGCAGAGUCAGUGCUGUGUAAAGACCAAAACAAAGGCAAGAAUCCUGCUCAAGCUUCUUAGAUCCAAGUGGGUUGAGGACAAAAGGAAUAUGUAA